CGGCGGAGUCUAUCGGCUCCCGUCCAGCAACAAGUCGCCGCCCUAUACGUCGCCGCGGACCAACGAGUCGCCAUGACCGCCAAGGACCACAUGCGUCAGAAGCUGGACGAGCUCAUGGGCACCGGAUGGGACGGCGUCAAGAACUCGCUCCACUACUCGGACCCCAAGGUGUGCCGCUGCUUCCUGCUCGGCCUGUGCCCGCACGACGCCCUUGCCGGAACCAAGAUGGCCAUGGGGCCCUGCUCCAAGAUACACAACUACGCGCUGAAGGCAGACUUCGAGAACAGCUCUAGGUUGUACCGGCCGGGACAGCACCGAUUCUACGAGCUCACGGUGCUCACCUAUCUUCAAAAGGUGAUUCGUUCGUGCGAGAUUCUGGACCGGGCCAAGAAGGGUCGCCUGACGCGGUGCCAGUCGACGGCUCGCAACAAUCGCCACGGCGACAAGGAGGCCACGCUGAAGUCAUACGGUGACUUGGUCGACAAGAAGCUCGUCGAGGCCGAAGAACUCGGCAACAAGGGCAAGGUUCAGGAGGCGCUCGCCGUCAUCAAGGAGGUCGAACGACUCAAGCGACGCCGAAACAGACUCGAGAGGGUGCUGGACCGCAAGUCCAACGAACCAGUCAAGGAGCAGAAGCAGAACAUCUGCGAGGAGUGCCAGCUCUGCAUCGGCCUCGACGACAACGAGCAACGGGUAGCCAACCACUCGAGCGGCCGGCUGCACAACGCCAUACUGGACAUGCGCCGCAAGAUCACAGAGCUCGCCGCCAGCCUCGAGAAGUCGCAGAUGCCGGGCGACUGGUCGCGACUCGACGUCGCCCAGCAGCAGACGAAGCAGUCGACGUCUCGUCUAGACCUGGCCUCCACCAGGGCUCACAGUUACUCGCCCAGGUCGUCUCGGUCGGACAGCCGCAGCAGCAGUAGCCGCAGUCGUAGCCGAAGCCGUAGCCGAAGCCGUAGCAGAAGCCGCAGCCGAAGCCGUAGUAGCCGGAGGUCCUACAGCUCCGACUACUGCAGCAGCAGGCGCUCGUCUACCUCCCGGUCCAGGUCACGUUCGAGGUCCCGAUCGGCGUACAGACGUCGCUCCCGGAAGUCCCGCUCGAAGCCGCACCGCAAGUCGCGUUCGCGGUCCUCGCGACGCAGGUCUUCCAGGUCCUGCUCGGGAAGCCGGUACAGCAGCAGCUGCUCGCGUUCUUGCAGCAGUUCGCGCAGCCGGUCGCGCAGCUGCUCAUGCUGCAGCCGCUACUCCGACAAGUCACGAGGUCGGGGAAGGCGCCGCAGCCACUCCCGGUCCCGGAGCCGCUCCCGGCCAAGACACCACCAUGGUCACCGACGACGUAGCGGAGAUAGCGAGCGCCGGUCGCGCACUCCACGCAAGUCAGAUGCAUUGAAGCUAUCUCCAGACAAAUCCGAAAAAAAGGCAGCAUCCGAGCCUUUGCGGUCUCCUGAAACGGGGACGAAGGAGGCUGCCGCGAAGGACGAUUCCAAAUGGUCUCGUGUGGCGGAAACUGAAUCGCCGGAAAGACCGCCCCAGAAGGAUCGUCACUCUCCAGCCCUUGAGACGAAAGGAAGAGAGUCUAAAAAGCAAGCUUUGACGACAGAAGAUACCAGGACAGACAUUCCGGUACCCCCCUUUUCGAAGCAAGAUUCUCCCAAGACUGAUCGCUCGCCAACUUUAGACGACCAUGGUUCCACAGCCACAGAAGGAGGUCCAUGUCCGAAAGACUCGAACUCCGGCGUUGCAGAUAAGGCAAAGAGUCCUGUCACCGAUACAACAUUUAACAAGUUAAAGCGAAGGCUAGCUAAGUCCAAAUCCAUUCUUGCAAAAAAGAUCAAGAUCAAAAAAAUUAAUGCAUUGGCCUCACCUGAAGAGACCAACGGUGCGUCCGCCAGAGAAGCCGCAGACUAUGUAACGGAAGGCAAGCAGCCCUCGGAAAAAAGGAAAGCAAAAGAAAAGACAAGAGUCGUUACCGUCGUUAAAGACUGGAAUACUAUAAAGAAACCAGUUAUCAACUUUGCGAACAUCCGACAUUUUAGGUUGGCUCACGGCAACAAAAAAAGCGCGCAUAAGGAACCGGUCGAGGACGAUCGGGCUGCGGGACAGGCACUCACGAAAAAGCCGGACAGCGAGCCGCCUGCUGCCGUCGAUUCCGUCCCCACGACGGGUCGAAUCGAAGCCCCACCUGAAAACAACACGACAGACAACUCGAGCCCAGUUCAGAACGAAGUGACCGAAAACGGGGCGACAGACUCGCAGCAGCCGUUGAAUUCCACCAGUGAUAAGGAGGAUUGUGCCAGUGAACUGUCGGAAGGUGAAAUUCGUAGUGAGUCGCAGACAAAGGAAGGGGAUUCGGCAAAUAAUAGCCCUCGUUCUAACAAUGUCGAAGAAGAGCCCGAGAUUUUUACAGCGAAGAAACGACGCAAGGGUGCGAAAACUAAGAAGAAACGUCGGUCGCCGCAAAGGGUGUCGACGCAAUCGGAGGACUCUGGUGACGAAACCGGUUGCAGCGAGUCAAGCACCUACUACCAGUUAGUGAAGAAGCCCAAGAAGAAGAAGAAGAAGAAGCCUGAGAAGGAUCGAAAGAAGUCACUUAAGAAGAAGACGAAGGCAGACACUGCUAGGAUGUCGCGAAAGGCCGCCGCCCGUAAGUCGAGACGUCGCGCCCGGACGUCUUCGGAGGAAGAGGACGACGACGACAGUGAGUCGUCUACGUCGUACGAUUCCCCACCGGCGAAGCGCACCAAAACCAAGAAGAGAAAGAAGAGGACUCGCCGGAGCCCAGUUGCGAAGAGGGACGGCUCGAGGAAGUCCAGCACCGGCUUUACUAAAGCGAAGAAGUCUUCGAAGAAGAAGAGCACUUCAACCGGCAAGAAAGGAUCGAAAGCGUCGCUUGGAGCCAAAGCUGCUUCGUCGAAAACGAAGUCAAAGAGAAAGCUCUCGAGCGACUAUACGUCGUCUUCGUCGUCAAGCGAAUCGCCGGAACGCAAGACCAGACGCAAGGCGAAGACGGUCAAGAAAAGCAAGAAAGUGAAGCGGAAGAAGUGCAAGUGA